AUGAAUAAAAGGAUAUUUAGUUUAGUUUGUAUCGUAAUCUACUCCCUUUUGGCUGUACCAAUACAUUGCUCCGAACAGAAAGUAUCUGAUGUAAGAAAUAAAAGUAUUCGUGGUACCAAAGAAAGAAACAAAAGUAACGAACAAAAUGAUAUAGAAUCUAAACGAGAAACGCAAUUAAAGAAUAACAAUUCUAAAGAUGAAGAUGAUAGAGGAUUCAAUUGUUUUAAUAUAUUUAAAAGAAAUAAAAAAAAUAAAAGAACAAAAGUAUCCUUAACUCAUUCAUGUAAUCAAACAGCUGGAACAUCUUCAAAUAACAAUGACUCUAUUCCUAAUUUAAUAGUGCGAUUGGGAAAAAUUCAACAUGCCUUUCCUGUAACAGAUCCAGAACUUUUAAAGCUUUUAUUACUUUUAAAAGAAAAAUUAGAAAUAGAACCAUCAAAUAACAAUAAAUAUAUUUCUAAGGGAGGAUUGCAGAUGCAACAAUUUAUGGAUCUCGUUCUUGUAAAAAAUCCAGAAGCUUUAGAGUUUUUAUCACAUUAUAAAAAAUCAAUAGGAAUCAAACCUUCAAAUGAUAAAGAACCCGUUCCUAAGAUAACAUUGUUGGUGAAAAAUAUUCCGCAUGACGUUCCUGUAAAAGAUCCAGAACAUUUAAAGUUUUUUUUACGUUUAAAAGAAGAAUUAGAAAAUUAUCAUCAAAUAGAAAACCAAGAGAAUAAUAUUCAUAUAAUAAUUAUAUUCAAGUGA